UGCUUGGCAAUGUCUUUGGCGGAAACCAUUUACGAUGAGCAGGCGCAGCUGUGGCAUGGACCCGAACGAACUGCAGCCUUUGAUGCAUCCAUAUCCAUAGCUGAGCAUAUAUACAAUGCACUCAAAGAGCAGCCCACUCAUACCUAUCAGAUCAAACAUGCUGCUGCUUCUAACCAAGUUGUAAGCAAAGCUCAAACCUUAAGCGCUGCCAUACGCUUGGCAACAUUCUUAGAAGCUGAAGGCUUAAGCCAUCAGCAUGUGGUGGGCAUCAUAGCGCGCAAUUCCCCCGAAGUAACUCAAUUGAUAUUCGCUUGUCUAUUUAAUGCUACGCCCUUUCAUGCAGUAAAUCCUGCGCAGGAUGCGCAUGCCAUAGCUGCAAUCUAUGCCAUCACCAAGCCUAAAUUUAUAUUUUGCAACGGCAAGGACUACAAGCGCAUAGCGCAAGCUACUAAGCAAUGGAAGCCUGUGAUUAUAGCAAUUGAAGAGCAAAUGCAGAAUAUUCUAGGCACAGCAGAGGAGAAUCAGCAUUAUAGUUGUGCAGAGUUUCACGCAGUCGUUUAUGCACGACUUCUUUGCUACUUUUGCAGACCGCAGCAGCUGGUGGAGGGCGCAGCGCAGAUCAUGGCCAUCAUAUGCAGCUCGGGCACCACAGGCUUACCCAAAGCAGUUACACUUACCAAUGCGCAGCUUUGCCAAGUGGCACCCUAUGGCAGCAGCGAUGAUGUCGUAUAUACAACAGCUGGCUACGACUGGUUAACGGGCAUUAAAACGCUGUUGGCCAAUACGCUGUACGGGGCCAGCAGCGUGGUUAGUAGCGCGGCUUUUAGCGUGCCCAGCAUACAGCAGCUAAUCAGGCAACAUAAGGUCAGCAUUUGCCACAUGUCGCAUUGGCAGUUCAAUGAGCUAUUCACAAGUGCGUUAGUUGAUCCUGCGGCACUUGCAAGUCUGCAGCUGAUUGUCUAUGGCGGUGGCUGGGUGGCGGCCAAGCUGGUGCAGCGUGCGCGCGAGCUGCUGGAGUCGACGCACUUGCUGGGCAUCUAUGGCACAACGGAAACGGAUAUUGUAGCUGUGUGUGUGAAUGCAACGGAAGACAAUUUGGCGGGCAUGCUGCUGCCUGGCGUUAGUUUGCGCAUUGUAAACGCUGCUGGCGAGAAUCUGGGCUUGCAUCAAGUGGGUGAAGUGCUGAUUAAAACAAAUCUAAGCUGGCGCGGCUAUUGCAACAAUGCGGCAGCUACAGCGCAAACUUUGGAUGCGCAGGGCUGGUAUCACAUGGGUGAUCUGGGCUACUUUGAUGAGCAGCAGUAUUUGUAUAUUGUGGAUCGCAAGAAGGAUGUGCUCAAGUUUAAGGGCAUGCAGUAUACGCCGAAUGAGAUUGAGCGCGUUAUUAGGCAGCUGCCGCAAGUGUUGCAUGUGUGUGUGGUGGGCAUGCGGCAUGAAUUGUACGGCGAUAUGGCGGGUGCUUUGAUUGUUAAGCAGCCGCUUAGUGCAUUGACUGCGCCACAGGUGGCGCUGCAUGUGGCACAAAGCUUGCCGCAGCAUAAGCAGCUGCAUGCGGGCGUUUUAUUCGUGCCACAAUUGCCGGUAAAUGCCAAUGGUAAGCUGCUCAGAGCUGUGGCCAAGCAAAUGUUUCAGCAACAGCAGCAGCAGCUGCUGCAAGCGAAGCUUUGACUAAACACACAUUUGUUUA